CCCCUUGACAGGUGCCUGCUGCGGGACCAGAGAGAGCCAACAAGAAGUCUCCAUUUCUUCCUCCUAGGCCAGUGGAGUUCCCUGUCAUGAUCGCUGCCUGGAUUCUCCUCUUUUUCUUUCCGGCCUGCUUCUCCCGCCACUUACACCGGCUGUCUUCAGAAACUUCGAAUCUUCCCCCACGCUGCUACCCUCCCGAGGAGCUGUCCCACGACCAGCUUCCCCUUCACCUGAUAAGCGUGGGCGCCAGGUCUGCCCGCUCCCUGCCUGCUGCACUGGUGUCCAGCCUGGAAGCUGGGAGCCUAGCAAGAGCAAGGAGACAUCAACGCCACCACGAGUCCCGAUGCUCAACUCUCCAGCUUGAAAACGUGUAUGAAGCAGAGGUCCGUCAGCGAUCCCUGUCACCGUGGAAGUACCGAAUUGACAUGGAUGAGAACCGGUACCCCCAAAAGCUGGCCUUUGCAGAGUGUCUGUGCAAAGGCUGUAUUGACAUGAAAUCAGGUCGAGAGACAUCUUCAUUCAACUCAAUCCUGCUGCAUCAGAGAGUGUUGGUACUCCGCCGCAAGCCCUGUGCUCUGAAGGGAGGUGCUGAAGUGACUCCAGGGGCCUUCACCUUCGAGACAGAAUACAUCAAUGUCCCUGUUGGCUGCACCUGUGCCCUGCCCCGGUCCAGCUAAGGAGUGAGCGGUGGGAGCUGGCAGGCUCACUGAACUCAGUCCUGUUGGUUCAAUCACUACCGCUUCUGCUUAAUACACCCUUCAAUUCUACAUCACUUGGCCAGCUCCGUGAUGUGGUUUAGCCUAUGAAGUGGGCUAGAAUGGUGGAAGGAGCCCUAUGUUUGGAAUCAAUAGACCUGAGUUUG